AUGCACACAUGCGUGUAUAGAUGUGCGUAUGCACACACAGUCAGCUUGUCUACUUCGCCUGCUUCUUCUCCUCCUCCUGCGUUGCAGUUUUCCAUCCCCGUCUCCCCGUUUGUUAUUCCCGUUUCAGCUGCAAAAAAAAAAGCGCAGAGGGAGCGGCGGUCGUACUUAUUUCUUCCUUUUUUUUUCUUGUUUUUUUUUAUUUUUGUGCUGGCCCUCCACCAGAAAGGAGGGGGUUUUUUCUGCCACGGGCUACCCUGGAGUGGCAAAUGCGCACGGUGCGGCUCUCGCUCAGCACGGCAGCGGCAUCCGCGUCGCCGCCGGCGAAGGCGGCCGGAAACGUCGCUGCUGCGGCCGAUAACCCGCGACGGGCGUUUGCCCCACUGCGCAUUCACGCGUGGCAGCGGGGCUGUCUGGGGGCUUCGCGGGAGCAGCUACUGCCGCCGUCCCUGCUGUACCACGGCGCCCAGCUGGGCCCACGCCCCCUCAUCAUCCUCGACCACACCACUACGGGGCGGGGCGGCGGCGGCGGCGGCGGCGCAGAAGUACGAGUCCGUGCUUUCCCAGCUCUCGUGGGAGCACGGCGCCGUGUACGUUCCACUGCAGGUGGACUACGCGGCGACGACCAGGGGCGUCAUAGAACACAACUGCCAGCAGGUCUGCGCCGUGCUGGACGUGCUGGAUGUGCGCUGGACGCAUUUCCUGACGCACUCCUACGGCUGCCUCGUCGCCGCGUACAUGGCGGCCUCAGAGGCGUUCCCGCACCGCAUUGGCACCUUCAUCUCGCUCGAUACGCCGCUGAUGACCCGGGCGCUGCUGCAGAACACGCAACAGCGGGAGGAGAUUGCCAAGGCGGAGCGCGACGUCAACGUGCCGGCCGCGGACCUGUCGUUCGCCAAGGAGAGCUUGAUGUCCUCGUUGGAGGAGCCGCUGCCGUGCCCCGCCGAGGCCGACGCCGGCUUGUACCACGACUAUCUCUUUAACCCUGCGGCGGUCUUUCGGCACGGCGGGCUUGUGCGCUGCGAGGAGCGGUACGUGCCGGUGAAGCACCUGGCCGACGUGCGGCACCCCAUGCAGCUGGUGGUUCCCGCCGCCAACGCCGUGGCAGACGCGGCGGUGCACAAGGAGUUUUUUGGCCUGCGGCGGCCCGUCGUGUUGAAGGGGUGCCAGCGCCACGAGGAGCUCUUCCAGGAGGAGGGGGCAAAGGAGCUGGCGAAGGUGCUCGAGGCGUGGCUGCAGCGGUUUGAGCCCGACGCUUACCUCGCGAAGCGGUACGAGCAGGCCGCGAAGGAGAUGUCGCAGCUGAUGAUGAGCUCCACCCCGGCCACUGCAAAGCCGGAAGCUGCUGAGGGGGGCGAGCAGCGGAAGAAAAAGAAGGAAAAGAAGAAAAAGGCGUAG